AUGGAUCGCCCAAGACCCGUCGGCGCUCCUCCGCUGGGACCCCGCCGGGUAUUCACUGCGCCUGUGGCUGCGACCGCGCCAGAACCAGCCGGCUCGCCCUCGACGGCUGACGGCGUUGUCGAGACGCUAUACGUGCAUCCGUCAGCGAAGAUCGUUGCCUUCACGGCCGGACCUCGCAACUUUUCUAUCAGUCCGAGAGCUGGAGUUCCUGCGGACAUCGAACCUGGGUCGUUGCCAUGGUCCUCUCAGUUGGAACGGACCAUCGCCGUCGAGAUACCCGUUGGCGAUGCAGAGAGCGACCAGCGAGCGCAGACGUUGAGGCAUGUCCUUGAUAAGGUCCUGCAGUUUGAGAAGACUCCCUGCCCAUUCCAGAGAGCUUUCACUGUCGUCCUCCCGGAACGGCCCCAGACUCCGGUCAAGAAGCGACCAUGGACACCCGUCCAAAGAACAACUCCGGUUCAAUUGCCGCCCACACCAGUUACACCUGUCGAAACGACACCCAAACCGAGGAAUCGAGACCGCGAGCCAAGCCCAUCACUGCAACUUGAGACUCCCACCAAGGUCUCUCGUGACGAGGCAGACAAGUACAAGAGCCCGCCGGUCAAGUCCUUAGUAGAAUCGAUCGAACUCAAGAUACCCGAGGAGAAGGCAUCCCCGCAUCCAGCAAUGGUGGACCAGCAGUAUUUAGACGAAGAGACGGCCAGUGGUCAACCGGAAGCAGUAUCAGCCUUAACCCCGGAGUUGGACCAGGAACAAGAAUCAGAAGUAGCAAGUACCGUUUCGGAGGCACAACCCUCUCCGGUAUUGCAGCAGCAAACACUAGAAGAAGAAGAAAAGCCUUUGGAGCUACCUGAACCGGCCCCCGCCACCGUUGAACCUGAACAGGAGGAGCCACGGUGCGAGGGGAUGGCGCGACCGGAGAGCAUUGCGAGGGACAUGCACCCUGAGACUUCGCCGCCUACGUACCAGAUACUCCCUCGUCUUCCGAAAGAACAAUCAGAGUCACAAGAACCGGAAAGGUUACCAGUCAUGGACAUGCCGAGGGUGCAAGACGAGCCCGCAGUGCUCGAGAGCGUGGAGGAAGAGCUCGGAGACUCAUCUCCAACCACCUUGGAGGGCACCGGAUUGAUGCGCACUACCUCAAAAAGACUCACCAGCUUUGCCCGACUGCAAGCACGGCGGUCUGUGACUGCCCCUCCUCAGCUCACUCUUCACUCAUCCCCUCCGUCCAAGACGAGGCGGCAGCCCUCGGCGAGCGAGUCAUCAGAGGCGACAGAGUCCAACUCCCCCACGGAAUCCUUUCAUAGUGUGCAGUCGUGGCUGUCUCCGAUCACCCCAUUGCCGCCAUCCCCGCCCAUGUCCAGCACCGGCGACUCGCCCGAAACGUUCCCAUACCCUCACGAGAACAUCCGAUUACCAAAGCACGUCUUGGCCGCUAACCAGAGAGAUACGUCUGAGGCAACAGCCACACCAACGCAAGUCGAAGCUUGGGGCCUUAGUCCCACUGGUGCUGACAUACUCAGCAUCGGCAGCUCCUCUGCUACGUCGUCAGUCUACGAGGACCCCGGGAAGCCCAUCCUUGAUUCUGCUGUGAGCCCGGAUGCAACACAAGACGACACUAUCACCCUGCCACAGUCUACGUCGGACGCACCUGCUACUACAACUGCCACUCCUUCACCCCGUCCUGAGGUGCGACACCGCGCCACCACCGCCUCGAUCUCCCUGUCCAACCGCCAUCGCGCCCUGUCACCACUGCCACCCGCAGCCAACCUCUUCUCCCCGCCGGCCCAGCGCCGCGUCGUCUCUCGUCCUACUACCCGCCUGGAGGCCGUCCGCCGCAUCCCUAGCGCCAUCAUCCACAAGACGUGCGAGAUCCUGCUCUCGCCUCCUUCCCACCUCAUCAACCUCAUGCUCAAGGUCGCCGCGCGUAUCGCCGCCGGCGAGUGGCGAGGCCUCGUCUUUGGCCAGGGAGAGGCCGGCGAGCACAUCCCCGUGCAGUGGGACUACACAGAUCACGGCGACGCCGGCAUGUACCCGUGGGCGGAAGAAGACGACUUUUCGCCUGCGUUCAGGCGGAGGGCGAGCGUAGCCCCUGCCAGCGGCAAGAUUCGUCAGGGCGACGACGAAGAGGGCGAGACUCGCCCUUCGAGCUCGGCGGGCUCCGGGCGGAGUUGGGAGGUUGACUAG